GUAAAGUAAAGCGUCUUUUUCUUUAUCUCAAAUUCUGAGCUCUCCAUUAAUAAUACUCUCUCUUCGCCUCCGCCUUUAUUAUGCAUGUGAUUUUCGGUUGCUUUUUACUGUUCAGUUUGCUGUAAAGCUGAGUUGUGAAGGGACGUUGCAGUGUUCGGCCGCUGCGAGUUGUUCUACCGUGUUCUUUCUUUCUUUAUUUUUUUGUUUUCUAGGGUUCCUUGAUGCAGAAGGGUUAGGAUUAUUAGAGAAUUGAGUGAUGGAUAACCUUGGCGGAUCAAAUUCGAUUCCACAUGCAGUCAUCGAUGCUUUCUAUGGCUUCAUCGGCAUCGCAGGAGCCUCGAGAUCAGAUGGAGAUGAAUUAUGGCCAGUAUUUUCGCCAACAUGCUACAGAAGAUUUAAAUUCAACAUUGCAUGAAAGAAUGCAUGAUCCCAUGUGUCCGAACAACACAAACUUAUUUUCCCACAAGUCAAAUCAAGCUGAGCUGGCAAAUUCAUUUCUAGCUCUUCUAUCUGGGCCACCGUCACUUUUACAGUGUGAUUUUCAGGAACUGUCAAGCCAAAAAGUAUUCAAUGCCUCUAGAAAUGCCAAUGUCAAUGAUCUUGCAAGUGAAAUUCCACGAACCUAUGGGAUGUUACUGCCAGAAAAUCGGAGCAAUCAAACCUCAGAAAAUGAGGCAAAUUGUUCUUCUGUUCCAUCUAGAUGGGAUUGAGUUCGAGCAGUAGUGCUUUUUCAGUUUUGCAUGGUAACUUUCAUGUGUCUAACUUAAAUCUUCAGACUUCAGAUCUGACCAAGGUAGUCAAUCAUCAGAUGCCUCCUGGUACUGAAAAAGUAAUGGACUUUGCUAGCCUGAAAGGGGAUUGGUAUGGUACCGGCACUGCAAAAGUUGGGAAUCCCCAUAACAAAAAUGUACAGAUAUCAACAAAGAUAUGUGAGGAAUCAAACUCUUCUAUAUCUGAUCAGCCAUCAACUAUUUUAAGUGGGUGUCCUCGCGUAUUCUGUUUGGGUACAGGUGGGUAUCUGCUUCUCAGCAAUACAGGACUUCUUGGUAUUGUUUGCUCCUGUCAUUUUUUUCACACAUCUGUUGCCAAAUUUUGCGAGCAUUCAGGAUUAUGUGAUAUGAACCCUGGAGAUGCUGUUCGUAUGGAAAGCGGAGAGACCAUUGCACGAUGGCGGAAACUCAGCUUUGAGAAGUUUGGGAUCAGGGUUCCGGAAGAUCAGAGUGGAUGGGACUGGCCUGAAGGACUAUUGCCAACUACUGGUUUGGUGAAACCUAGUGCAGCCAUGCCGAAUCUAUCCAAUACUUCUCAUGUGGCUAAUCUGGUUGGUUUUCUCAAGGAUUGUCAAGGUGCAUGGACAAUUCCAUGUUUCUGAGUAAUGUUCACACGGAACAAAA